AUGAGGAGAAACCACCGAAGCGAGUCUCAGAGAAGAGACCAUUCUGGAAGGAGGGCAAGCUACAACGGGUUUAUGACGCAAAAGGAGAAAGACUUUGUGGCGUCUUUCUUUGAAAGAAACAACAAAAGAAAGGAGCGCACCUUCCCCGACUUCUACACGCAGGAGAGAGUUCCCCAGCCGGAGCACAGGAGGAAAGAGGCCGAGGAAGACUCUCUGUUUGAGGGCGUGCUGGGUAUGGCCAUUCGCAGGUCGCACAAAAGCCUGACGCUCACCAGCGACAAAACCGACAGUGCAGGCGUGUUCAUAAAAAAGCUAAUAUCCCGAGGCAAAAUAGAGGAGAUCUACGACAUUCUCAACGAGGGCGAGAUUUUUACGUCGGAAGCCCCGGAGGCGCCCAGCACUGCGCCUGUUCUUGAGAAGAUAAAGGAAAUAGGCGAGGAUUUAUUUAAUAUGGAGAAGGGCCUGGCGCUGGUGGACAGGCUGCUCUUUCACGCCGGCACAAGCAACAGAGAGUACACUCGGGCUGUUCUCUCGGUUCUUGUCUCGCGGGUUCGGUACAUUUACUACACGCCCGAGCUUGGGGAGUGCAUCAGCAAGCUGGUGCCCGUGCUGAAGGAGGAGUCGGACAUUCUGAAGAUCUCGCCUGCUUUCCUCGGGGAAGCAAGCGUGGCAAACACUGCUGGCGUCUUUAUCGGGCACAUUGCUCUCCUGAUAUUUAAGAAGGACUCGCCGGACCUGUUCAGGAGUGUGUGCAGCCACAUUGCAAAAGCACUCACGGACACGGCAAUCAGCAGGCUGUUCCAAAAGACGCCAGCCUCUAUGGUGUGGCGGCUUCUUUCUGUGGCCUCCCGGAAAAUGGAGCAGCCGGAGCUUGCUGCCCUCAAGAAAAGGCUCUCCGUGCAGAUAGCAGCAGGCCUGAACAGCAGAUCCCCAACGCUCAUUGAAAACAUUCGGGCAUUCACAAAAAGAUGCCCGUAA